CUGGUCCUUGUGACUGGUGACUGUGCAUGUGCGACUUUGUGCAUGACCAACACUGCACUGGCAACAGGGAAGAAAUUGUUCCAGCCCUUUUUUAUUUUCAGCUUGUUGCUUUGACGGAGGGCAUUGAGCUAAAACUGCUAGUCAUCGACUUCACUAUGGCUGAUGCAGAUGAAGAAAGUCCGACCACACGGCUUUUAGCAGAAGUUCUUCAGAAAGAAACACAGCGGCGGCUUCAAGCAGCUGUAGAGCUGUUUAGUUUUUUCGAGAAUGAAGCUAACUCUGUAUUUGAUUUUGAAGAUGUUGAUAAGUUAGUGGAGGGCCUGGCAGGCUGGACGAACAGUGGAAAUCCCAAGAUCUGUACAAAUGGAAUUGAGUUGAUGCUUAUUGUUAUCAACUUGCUCGGGGAGAGAUUUCGUCCGUACAUUGGUGCAGUUCUACCCAUAUUGCGGGAACGGCUCGGUGACCAGAGGCAACAAGUUCGCUCAGCGUGCACCUCUCUCCUGCUGGACAUGAUGGCAGCGGUGAAAUCACCCCAGGGCGUACUUGAUCAGCUCCUGCCAUCAACAUUAGGGCAUAAGGCAUGGCAUGUGCGGGAACAAGGACUUCUACUGGUUGCCAGAGCGCUUGACCAAUUUGGCAGCCAGGAAUUACUUGUGGGCCGCUACAUGGCGUCCAUAUGCAAGCUGACUGAGGAUGCUAAUUUCCAGGUGAGAGAGCAAGCCAACUCCACGCUUGUUACAAUAUACUGUCAUGUCGGUGAGCGUAUUCGAAACGACUUGGAAAAGAAGGGAGUGCCUGCUGCUCGGCUGGGCAGCUUGCUGUCUCGUUUCGACGAAGCACGCGCUGCUGGCAAGGUGCGUGUGCCGGAGUCAUCAGCUGCUGUUUCUGCACCCAAGGAUAUGUUAGGCGUAUCUGACUUAGCAAAGCAACCAGGUCCGACUACUAAUGGUUCCGGUAAGGCAGCGGAGGAAAGCAGCAAAGGUUCCCAUCGCUAUUCUCUGCCUGGCCCACCAAGCAGGCUGGCUCCUGGCAAUACCACCGAUGGAGCCGUCGCAUCCAAAGCCAAAACUCGACACUCGAUUGGUGUACCGCCGUCUCGUGGCACGGUCUCCAGCAGGUCGUCGUCAGCUGCUGGUGCUGUCGGUGAGGAGGAUUUCCGCCGUAGCUUUGAAGAUUGUCCGUCGCUGGGUCCCCUGUCAGCACGUGCUUUCGAGGAGGAGAUAGUGAAAGUUGAGGAGACCUUGUUGAAUACUGACCUGAACUGGGAACUGAGAGCAACGGCGUGUAAACGGCUGCGCUCACUCCUGCGCGCUGAUGUGAAUGGCUUUACAAGCCACUUGUCGGCACUAGAGGAACCGAUGCGUGUUUCGAUCAAAGAUCUUCGCUCCAGUAUGAUGAGAGAAGCCUGCAUUACUGUGAGCCUGAUGGCUCAGGACCUAGCACCGAAGAUGGAGCACUUCUGUGAGGCGGUUUUUCCAACGCUAUUCAACCUGCUUCCCAACAGUGCAAAGGUUAUGGCGUCUUCCGCUUACACUUGUGUUACGUUCAUCAUACGAUGCGUCCACUCCAGCCGCUUUAUUCCUCUUUUCGCCGGGCAACAGUCAGCCAAGUCUCCUCUCACUCGCCGGCGUAUCUUUGAGUACAUCGACUCCAUGCUGCAUUCCUGGCCAGCCAGCAUCCUUGAGAAGCACUUAGCUGUCCUUGAGGAAGCAGUGAGGAAAGGCAUAUACGAUGCUGACUCUGCCACACGAACAACAGCUCGGAGUGCUUUCUGGGGUCUGAUGGAUCACUUUCCUGCCCAAGGCGAAAAGCUGCGCGCUGCCUUGGACUCUGCGAAGCAGCGUAUGCUUGAUGAUCACAGAGCCAUCAUGAACGGAGAAGCACCAACGCGAUCAACCGGACUUCAGAAGCCGCGCAGUCGUCUCAGUAACCACCUGAAUCGCCGCUUCACCAGCGAGCCAGACCUUUCGCCGAUGACAGAUCGUAAAUCAGGAACAAUGUCUGCACUUACUGACCCCCGCCCAAACUCUGACCUAGGGCCAUCGGGCUCCCAGUCGUCAUGGAGCAUAGCCGGCACUGGACCCGUAACAACAGCCGGAGAAACAACGUCCAACUCGUCCGUCUCAAUAAGUAGUGGCCGUCGCUCACUCGCACACACUGUUCCAGCCACCGGCCAGUCGGCGUCGGCUAUCCGCUCACAUGUGCGCCGGGCUAGUGGUGGCGGUGGUGGUGGUGGAGGCAGCAGUGGUAUUGGUGGUAUUGGUGUGCCGACGUACGGUGGCCAGAAACCUACCGGUGGCUCUUCCACUGCCUCACAGAGCUCGAAGGUGUCACGUGCAAGCACCGCCGCUCCAGCUGUCGCGCAUGGCAAUUCACGAGAUCCACCCAGUAGCUCUAGCGGUCCUGAUGAGCUUCAACCACUGGAAGAUUUGAUAAAGAGUUUCGACAGCAGCAGUCUACCACUAGUUGUACCGGAUGGCAGUCGCCGCCGUCGUGGGGAACAGGAUGAUGACGUUGCUAGCCAGGGCUCCGUUGCAUCGCGUGGCAGUCGAGGAAGCCGGGGCAGCAGGGACUCCACGUCAUCGACUGGCCUAUCUCAAAGUGGUGGCGCCUCUCGGUUCCACAUCACCCAGGAUAUACCGGAGAUGCAAAGGCUCUGUAGUAGCGGAUUGUGGCAAGAACGCCGUGAUGGUUUGGCUAGUCUGCAAGAGCUCUUGAAAACAGAACGUGUCCUAUCUAAAUAUGAAAUUACAAAGUUCACUGAGUUGUUCUACCGGAUGUUUCGAGACCCGCAUCACAUCAUUGUCAGCUUGUUCUUGGAAGUGCUGAAGGCGUUUGUAAAUCGCUAUCACGCAGAGCUCGUGGCCUGGCUGCCAACGCUGUUGCAGCGCUGCUUCCACAAAAGCAGUGGUGAACUGCGCUCGUCCAUCAGCCUACGCCUUCACGCGCUGCUGUCUGAUGUGAAAGAGAAGUUUGACACUCAGCUGCAGAUGCAGACCGUGUUUCAGCUUCUGGAAGACCAGUCGAGUGCUGUGACAGCUGGGUACAAGUUGUCACUCUUCCUCUACCUGGAGCAGCUGGUACCGACCAUGGACCCUGGUGAUUUCGUCAGCUCACCUGAAUCCAUGCAAGGCUUGUCGACCACCAUAGCUCGCUCCCUGGAUGCAAACAACGCGGACGUGCGGCGCAGUGCUACGCGCGUCACGGCCGCCCUGUUUGAGCUGAACACGGCCACGUUCACCACUAUGCUGUCGAGCUUGCCACGCAACUAUCAGGACCAUGCCAGAAAGGUGAUGCAGAGUCACAUGCAAGGAACGCUGUCGGCGUCGCCCAGUCAAUCGCCUGCAACCCUGCGAUCACAUACAAGUGGUUCUAGUCUCCUUGGCAGCUCUGCUGGCAGUGGUAGCAGCAACCUUUCUCAGAUGAAAUCGCUUUCCAGCACGUCCUCGCCAGACCUGCGCGAGCUGCGGCGUUCAUCGGCCUUGUCGCCCUCGCCUUCUGCCUCUUGGAAAGCAUCACACUCAAAGAGUUCAACCAGCCCUGGGCUGAUUAGGCAUUCAAUUCCAUCAGCAACGACAGUCAGCACAAAGACUUCUCCAACUGUAGUAAAGUCGUCGUAUCAGCCAAGAUUAGCCCAGGCAGCAGUGACCACCACGACUACUACAGGAGCCGUUACAACAGCAGCACAACAGACUGAUGCUAUUCGGAGAACUUCUUCCACCCCAUUGUCAAGCGCUGGCAGCAGCAGCAGUAUUCGUACACCAUCUGCAAGCACGCCUGAUAAUGCAACUGGGGACUCUGCGGGAACGAACGACAAACCUUACAACCCCACUCUUUACCAGAGUCCAGCUGAGCAGCAGAGUGUGUCCGCGGACGCGCCUGCACGACGCUCAUCUCUACCUAGCCCGUCAGCAUCCACAUCAUGUGGUGAUAAGACAGUACCAGACUUGUUUGACAUGGCGUGUGACUUUAAUCGUUCCAGCAGCGAGCGUGUGAAGGCCCUGUCGUCACUACGCUACUUGGACUGGCAGACCGCACCACUGAGUGCAGUGCUUAUGCCAUUCCGGGCGGAUGUCAAUGCUCGACUUUCCAGUCUUCUUCAGGAUUCCGACAGAGAGGUCCAGUACGCAGCCCUUCAGGUUUUCGAGCAGCUGUUUUCAUCCUCGAAGGGGUCGCCCAGUGUUCCUCCGGAGGCGUCUAGCAUUCCGGCCGAGCCCUGGUUUGUCACGCAAGCGGAUAUCUUGACCUGCUUCGACAGCGUCGUGGAGUGCCUUUGCUCUGACGACAAGAGGCUUCGUCAUGAGCUUGUUGUGAUAGUACCAAUACUAGGUAGUCAACUGCCUGCCGUGGAGCUCUAUCAGGUGGUUCUGCCGCGUACGAAUGGUAUACAGUACCCGCAAGUGGAAUGCUACCUGCGGCUCUUGGCAAAGAUUUUUGGCCGAGUAGCGGCAGAGCUGCUGCUUCCUGACUUGGAAGUCCUUGUGCCGCGUAUCUUACAGUGCUUCAACCACACAGAGAGCUCAGUGCGGCAUGCAGCCCUCAACUGCCUUGUCGAACUGCAAUUAGCCGUUGGCAAAGACUCGCUGUCACCUCACCUAGCCAAUCUGACAACAGCACAGGCCAAGCUUGUUGAGCUCUAUGUCCGACGUACCAGUGCUCAGAAAAAGGACGUUGACCCCACUGUCUCUCUAACUUGAGUUUGUAAACACACAUACACCGAGGCCACUCGCUCCUAUUUAACCAUUUCACAUCACACUGAAUGUAGAUUUAUUUUUCACUUGGGGCAGCAGCCGCUGUCAGUCGGUAGUACUUGAUGCUCCCAUUUAGUUUUCUUACGAAUUUCCUACUCUGGGAAGCUUAGCAAUAGAUAUACAUCUAGAGGGACACAUCGGGAAUUCCAUUCCUUUUUUUUUUUUAUAAUGCCCAAUUUCGUUGGAGGAAACAUCUGCAGCCGCUCUACUUUUCAGCCCCCAAACUGUUGUAUUCUGCUGUACGAAAGGGAAUCAGCCGUUUCACUCCACUCUGCACUUUCAGCAUGUUCCUGCCUCAGCAGCGGUUGUAUGUCCUGCACUUUCAGCUUGGUCCUGCCUCAGCAGCGGUUGUAUGUCCUGCACUUUCAGCUUGGUCCUGCCUCAGCAGCGGUUGUAUGUCCUGCACUUUCAGCUUGGUCCUGCCUCAGCAGCGGUUAUGUGUGCCUCUAUGCAUCUAGGUUUCUUAUUUUCCGAUAGGACCCCGCUCAAAGGGGGAUGUAUUUACUUUUUUUAAAACUUUAGUCACCUGUGAUAGUCGGGUAAUUGUAGUGGUAUUUUUGACUAUUUUCUCUGGUCUGGCAUCAAAGCAGCUUGCUGUGCGUAGCCUUAACGUUAGUCUCUACUGACCGUGACAUUGUUGCAGUUGCCUGGCUGAAUUAUUCGUGCUGUGAUUGGGCGCAAUGGCACAUGUACUACUGCCGCAUGGGUGGCACUUUCCCGUCUACGCCACUCACUUCACUCUGCACGUAAUUUAUGGUAAAGAUAGAGAUUUUUAAUUUCCCCUCGAAUCAGAACGCCUCCAACUGCGUGCCGUAAUGUACAAUGUCGAAUUUGCUGCAGGUAUCUAGUGUUCAACGCUUUCGCUCGGCUGUCACUGACCCUUCUGCUUUCCAUGUUCCUGCCUUGUCACAUGCGUGCAAUAAUUUGUUUGGAGUAAUGGAUGUGUUUCAUCAUUGCUGUGGUUGUCCUCUGCAGCUUCUGCAUAACGUUACUCCUUUAGAACCAGAGUGAAUGUCCUUGUUUCCACGAUGUCCUCUCUCUCUCUCUCUCUCUCUCUCUCUCUCUCUCUCUCUCUCUCUCUCUCUCUCUCUCUCUCUCUCUCUCUCUCUCUCUCUCUCUCUCUCUCUCUCUCUCUCUCUCUCUCUCUCUCUCUCUCUCUCUCUCUCGUUCUCUCUCUCUCUCUCGUUCUCUCUCUCUCUCUCUCUCUCUCUCUCUCUCUCUCUCUCUCUCUCUCUCUCUCUCUCUCUCUCUCUCUCUCUCUCUCUCUCUCGCCUGUGUGCAUUUGUGCCUGAUAAAUGCUCUUGCUAGUUGUGGUGCGAUGGUGAUGCCGGAAAUCACCGAAGCAAUACUAUAUGUACAACCUGCAGGUUGAUCAGUUA